ACACGCUUAUUUCAAUUGCAGGAGUGACCUACGCGUGGCAUCCGAAUGAGGAUAUUUUGCCUCAAAUCUGAAACCCCAUUCCCAGCGACGUGAGGGCUUUGUAAGACAUGGCCGAGAAGGGAAUACAUCAGGAAGGCGAAGAGGAGUCACCAGAUGUGGAAGGCCUGUACUAUAAGGAGGAGUCGCCAGAGGUGGAAGGCGUGUACUAUAAGGAGGAGUCGCCAGAGGUGGAAGGACUGUUGGAUGCUCUCAAAGCUCUGGCAACCCAAAUAAUAAAUCCUACACAAUGCGAAGGGAUGGGCGUAAUUGAGAGGACCAAGCGAGCUUUCAAGGAGAAUACUCCUCUAAUCAAGCACUCCGCCAGGAAUUCUACUCACAAUUUGAUGCAUUGGAUGCACCAAGGGGGAUUAUGGCGAGCUUUUCUUGUCAUAUCGGUUGGCAUGAUUUUGCUGUUGUCCCUGACAGGUUUAGGGGCAUUUAUGCUAAUCUUUUUGGCAGCUACAACCAAUACAAUUAUAGUUGGUUUAUUGAUGUCUUUAGCAGCAGUGGGUGGUUUCAUGGUUCUUUUCUUCACCUGUCUUACAGCAAUUUAUGUGGGAGCUUUGUCUAUUGCUGCGUUUGUUAUUUCUGUGACAACUUUGAUUACCAUAACAGCCGUUGCUGUUGUUGCAGGAUGGAUAGGAUUUUUCUGGCUUGUAUUUGAAGCAAUUAGGAAAGGCUUGGGCUUCACUAGAAGUUCAUUUAUGAUGACUACCUCUGCUAUUGUUGCAAUGACUGCAAAUCGACCUGGUCAGAAUACUAAUUUUAAGCAGCAUUACUAGAAUAUGGAGAGUUGGAAAAGCAUUGCUGUUGUGAUUGUACAUAGCAAGUAAUAUCAUGAGGUUUUCUAUGUAUUGAAUAGGGCAUAACCAUCAGAAGAUAAUUGUUCCAUUGAUGCCUAAACAUAAAUAUCAUCUAUGCAGUAAGCGAUGCGUACUAGAGUGAAUUAGCAUCAGCUACUUCUUUGAAGACUUUGUUGUGCUUUUAAAUAAGUGGGCUUAGGGUUUUAUUUCUCUGGGAGGCUGCUUUUAUCAGUCUACAUAUUUAUUCUAGUUCAUAUCAUUUAUAAUUCUCUAAUAGUGACAUUUUUUAUUGAUGUGCA